AUGGGCGUUUCUAAUGGAAUCCCACAAGGCUUAAUUGUCACGGCCAAGCAAACGUAUUAUCCGAUAGAAUUAUCAAAUGCCGAGCUACUUGCACAUUACGAGAUGAUCCAAGACUAUCAUCAAGAAAUAUCGGCCAACGUUAUAUCGCAAUCGUGCAAAUUCAAACCAGACCCUAAACUGAUCGAUCAACAACCAGAGAUGAAUCCACAGCAGACGCGACAACAGGUAAUGGCUGUGCUGUUCGAGCUCUCUGUCAAAACAAGAGUUACUAAUGGAAUUUUCUUUCAUGCGGCUCGGCUGUACGACCGCUACUGCUCCAAGAGAGUGGUACUUAGGGAGCAGGCAAAGCUGGUCAUUGCCACCUGCCUUUGGUUAGCAGCCAAAACUUGGGGCGGAUGCAAUCACAUCAUCAACAAUGUUUCUGUCCCAACCGGCGGUCGUUUCUAUGGUCCAAAUCCUAGAGCACGUAUCCCUAGGCUUUCCGAGCUUGUGCACUACUGCGGUGGUGCUGAUGUUUUCGAUGAGAGUAUGUUCAUGCAAAUGGAAAGACACAUUCUAGAUACUCUCAGCUGGGAUAUCUUCGAGCCUAUGGUCAAUGACUAUGUGCUUAACGUCGAUGAAAACUGCCUACUGCAAUACGAGCUUUACAAAAGGCAGCUUGAGCAUAACAAGGAAUGGUUUCACAGAGCUUCACAAUCUUCUGAUAGCGAUGCCACUGAGGCAGAUGAGGAAGAGGAUGAGGAUCUUGUAGAUAAAAUACAACUGAUUAAUAUCAAAAAAUUCCUGAUAGAUUUGGCCACUUGGCAGUACGACCUGCUAAAGUUCGAAAUGUUCGAAGUGGCGCACGGUAUCUUUGCUAUAAUUAACAAAUUUACAGGACAAGACCAGGGACCUCUCCUACUAUCCCCGCUACCCACCUCCACUAACCAGUCCUUGCUUCUAAGAAUUUUCAUUAAUGCCGUGGUCAAAGCACCCAAGCAGCUGUUACAGUUUUACGAGAACAGCCAAGGCGUCAACCAGUUCGUGGCCGCAGUCAGGGACUUCCAUGCUUCCCGCCAGAAGAAGGUGCAAAUCGCGUCAGGGAUGGAUUUAUCGGGCAGGCCCACCGUGUGCUACGAAGUGCCUUCGAUGCCAUCUCCACCUCACCCAAAUGUCAAUUACACACCCAUGAGAAACACAUCAGCGCCUUCGGAUGUUAGCAUAUUCAGCGCUGCGGAAUCACAACCUUCGCCCGUCACGCCUGUUAUGUAUUCCUUCGCAAACAACAAAACAAACUCUGGAAGCGCUUGCGGAUCUGUUUUGAGCGUCAACAGUCUAUCAAACAAACGGUCACGGGCUGACGACUAUGACUGCAUGGAUGAAGAUAAAGAAAACCAACCCCACAACCCGACAUUCGCGCCGCCUCCGCGCGCCAAGUUCGUUGGGAACAGCAUAUUUGCAUCCGGAGGCACUUCAGCGACUAACAGCAACCGUUCGUCGCUGGUAUCGCUCGCGAUCAGCAACAACAUAGUGUAA